AUGGGGUCUAAACUUGCCCAGCAGACCAGCUCCCCACUGAAACCCCCCCCCAUCACCUGCACUCCAACCAAAACAGUGCACAGACAGGGGUCUAAACUGACCCCUGACCCCCAGACACCUUGCCCUGACCCUGACAAGGUCACACAAACACCAGAGUUGGAUCUGUUAGCGGAGCUGUACUGUACCUGCAUUUCAGGGAACCUGGUUCCAUGUGUGUUCCUGGAGCUGUUCUUUGUGCUGCAACUUUUGACGUCUCGGGGUGUGUCUGUCUCUGAAUCUGCUGAGGAGGGAGUCACUGUGUGUGAACACGGUCUAGAUGUUCUGGAGAAAGCUUACCUGGGAAAUGUCCACAACUGUGUUUAUUUGGCUGUAAGAGUUUUGGAGAAUCAGUUUGAGUUGGUGUCACACCUGGACAAGUGCACUCUACGGCUCCUAUCUGAGAAUGAGAGAGUUGGGGCUUUCUCACCUUCCCUCAGGGAUCGUCUGGCACAAGCUCAGGAGAACUGCACAGCUAAUGCACUGCCCACUCCACCCUUGUUCAUUCAUUCAGUGCCAUUCCAGCCCGCUACAGACAACCGCUCCAACUUCGGCAGUGACAGGUCCUUCCACAUUUUUAAGAAGCAAAGAGAUGUGUUCUACGAGCUGUUGAGAGAAUGGGAGGAUUCUCAUAAUGAACCUGGUUGGAAUUUCGAGGCUGCUUUAGGCAGCAGAGUCAGGACGAUGGUUAGUCAGCUCACAGCAGCAGGCGAUCAUUCUCACUUUGCUCGACUUUUCCAGAAGCAGCUCAUCCAGAUGUGUAAGGGCCCUUGCGUUCUUGGUUCUUCCAAUGACACCCCUGACGCCGAUCUUUUGAGCAUGCUGGGAGCAGACAGCUUGGGUCGCCUGAAGCGACUGCAGCAGCGUCUGGUCCAGCCACAGGGACUCAUUGGUCCCUGCCCUCCACCGUCCUUCCCUGGACACCAGGAGUUCUUUAGAGACUUCCUUCAGACUGCCGGCUGCUGUCAGCUAAACCAGCACCUGAAAGAUGGCCUGUGCCAGCGGCUGCUGAAGUUGGAUGAGGUUUCUAUUCUCGGCCCUGAUGCCAGCCCAGCGCGAGGAGAAGAGACGGGUGAUGGAGAGAUGGAGCAACAGGAUGAGAAGCAGCGUUUUUCAUCCGUGCUCCUCACGGCUCGACUGCUGGCUAAGUUUUUGGGUUUCAUCUCGUUUCUGCCUUACCACACCUCUGAGCCUCCAUCCAGAGACAUUCGGGAAGCUGCAAUCACUCUGCGCAGUAAUAGGUCUCCAGUUCUGGAUGUGUGUGCCGUGUUGAGGAGUUCUGUGCACAGGAGACGAACCAUUCUGACAGUGCCUUGGAUGGUCGAGUUCCUGUCCAUGUUAGAUUACACCGGCCCAUUUCUGCCGUGUUACAGGACUGCUCUGUGCCUGCUGCUCCACAUCUACAAGAGGAUGGUAUUGGGUCGUGGGGGAGAGCUGUGUUACGUGAACCAGAUGCUCAUGGUUGCAGUUCUGGGCUGGCUCUUUCAGAUACCCGUCUUCCCUGAAGAUCUUUUCUUCAGCACAGAUCUCAAGGAGGAAAUUAAGGAAAGGGAAGCUAACACGAGUACACAGGGCCUGGACACCCUCCCACUUGUCGACCAACAGCUUCUCUACACUUGCUGCACAUAUUUAGGAGAGUUUCGUAAGCUUCUUGCUGCUUUUGUGGCUGGAAGCACAUCCAAGAGUGGAGGCCUGAUCCGUAAGAUCACCCCCACAUCUGCGGAGCCGAGGGGACCGCCCACCACCCGCUCACAGCAGAAACUGCAGGUGGAUUUAGAACAGGCAUUUUUUCACAACCAGCCCCCUUCCCUCAGACGUACUGUAGAGUUUGUUGCUGAAAGAAUUGGCUCCAACUGUGUCAAACACAUCAAAGCCACGCUGGUUUUGAAUCUUGUGCAGGGUGGAGAAAAAACUCUAAGAGAUAGUUUCGGUUUGGAUGGUGUCAACACUGCCAAGCUAAAUGAAUCGAUCUGUGCUCAGCUUUGUGAUGCAGGCAUGCAAGCUCUGGAGAAAGCUGCUAGGUUCUGCAGUGAGUAUGCCCCUGGAGCUGUCAGAGCACUUCUUCCCCUGGAGACCUCUCCUGCUGUUCUGACCACAGCUGAGAGUAUCACCACUCGCUUGGCUACAGAAAAGUCUUGCAGCUGGCUCUCCUCAAAUAUCACAAUGCUUUUAAAGAGGGAGUGGAAGACUGCCUUUGAUCGGGUGAUGAAGAGUUUACCCUCCUCCAACUUAAAUGGUAAAGAUGAUGGUGAUGGAGCAAGCAAAAAUCAGCAAGUUCAGAGGAGUGCCUCAGGGCUCACUGCUGAGACCUCGUGUAUUUCAGACUGCACCCAUAAAGUUCCUCUUGGAUCAGAAGUCAUGAUUGAAAUUAAGGAAAUGCUGAGUGUUGCGGUGGGACCCAGGACUGACGAGGAAGCUUUCACAGUUCAUCAGAUUGAGGUUCUGCUGGACAAAGUGGGACAGACACUUGGAUGUAGAAAAUUCCUAUCACCCGUGGUUGAACAGAUGCUGUUGCGCUGUACCGUCCAGCUGGCCUGCAAACUGGUGUCUGGAGAGCUGCCACUGGUGUCCUCAAGCAAGGCCAGCGAGAGAUCUGCCCUGAUAGAUAAGUUUCUGCUCCUGUGGGACUGUGCUCCCUCUCCUCCUGCACCUUUGCAUCUUCUCCUUAGUGAACCCACUCUCACUGCCACCCUGAGUGCCACAGACAGCGAGAGGACUGAUUACCUUUUCCUGAUCAAACGGCUAAUAGAGAAAGGGCUGCUGGGAGAGGAGGAAGUGGGCUCCCACUGGCCAAAGUUGUCAACGUUAUCCUGGCCAAAGGAGACUGUGGAGAAGUUUCAGAAGCUUUCUAUGGCUGCCAAGUUCCCUUUGCCUUCCGCUCCAAACAAUAGGGACAUAUUGCAAGUCUCUCAGUGACCACUAGAGGGACACAAGAGUGUACAUAUCUAACUGUAGACAUGAAUCUUAGCCAAACACUGCUGUAUAAAUAGGCAGUGAUUAUUGCACAUUUAAACAAAUGAGCUCAAAUGUAUCAUUUUUAAGAAUAUUUUAAGUCUGAUUUAUUGUGAGUUGUGAGGUCGCUGAACAAAUGCUCCCAACAUAUAAUCUUUAGGACACAUUAGUUGGAUAAAUUUGCCAGUUUGACUCACAUGCAUCACAAUAGAACAGAAUCAUGCUACUGUAUUUAUUUGUUUUAAGAGUUUGUUCUAGUCAAAAUCUUACCCUAUCUUUGCUGCUGCUUGCUUGUUUGUAUGUAUGUGUGUGUUUAUAUUUGCCAAUUUUGUGUUUAAAUGCCCGAGAUUUGCACUUGUAUUUACACUCUUGUUCAUGUUGGACAAUAAUAUUAUCAGUUCAUUGUAAACUGCACACUUGUUUAAUGCUAAACUUACC